CAGGCUCGCAUAUAAAAGGACAGACCUUAGUAGUCCUCAGUAUCAAGCCUCAUCUCUGCUAAGAUGGCAUUCGCUCUUCGUGUGUUCUUCCUCCUUUGUGGGAUCAGUGGACUGAUGUCUGGAGUUUCUUCUACUUCUCUUCCAGUUAAAAAUGGUGGUGGCUGCUGUCCCAAGGGCUGGACUCAGUUGGAUGGUUACUGUUACAUCUUCCGCCACGAGACUAAGCCAUUCGUCGAAGCUGAGAAAACUUGCAAAUCUUUGGGUGGGAACCUGGUCUCCAUCCACAGUUACCUGGAAAAUCUUCUGGUUCUUGGACUGAUUGAAGAGGAGAAUGUAGAAUUUGCCUGGAUUGGACUCCAUGAUCCUGUUGGGCACGGAGUCUUUCAAUGGACCGACGGCGCAUUCUUCGGGUAUGAUAAUUUCCCCAAAGGACAGCCGAAUGAUAAUGGCGACUGUGUGGUGAUUUAUAGAGCAGGUGAUUGGUUCGCUAAGGAUUGCUCCUUCCCGAUGCCAUUUGUGUGCAUCUUGGAUACAGACUGCUGCGGUGGCCGCUAAUCAGCCCUCGUACCCAAUGCCUGUCCUUCAUCGCAAUGAAUAUUCUGAGACUACGUUAAACUUAAGUGGUGUCUUUGUAUCUCUGGGUUCACUAUCAAGUCUUCUUUGUGUCUUCUUCACUCGUCAUUGUCAAUUCUAUCAGCAUUUUUGAAACCUCAAAGAUCAACCCUUUACUCAAUAAAGAAACCUGUCCGCAUCAUAAA